AUGGUUAUGCUCGAAAAAGAGGGCGAUGGCGAUAAUAAGGAACGGCGGGCGCGGACAAGCCACCCGAAGGUACGGACUGGCUGUUUAACGUGCAAGCGUCGGCACAAGAAAUGCGAUGAGAAUCGCCCCUCAUGUCGUAGGUGUAUCGCUUCCGGACGAGAAUGCGAAGGAUACUACACUGCUCCCGAUAAACAAGUCAAGGCUGCUCGACCAGUCAGGCAAUAUGUCCUCAUUAUACCUAAAACAUCUCUAGCUCAGAUACCCCAACCAAAGCUGGCCAUCUCUCUCUCGCUAAAUUCUCCCAGUCAAGUUGAUCUCACUCCGCCUGAACGAUGGCACUUGCACUUUUUCCGCAACGCCACGGCCCGUCUCUGUGGCGCCGAGGAACAACCGGCAGUCCGCUAUGCAGUCAUUGCCAUGAGCGCUAGGCAAGCGCAAUUUGAGCGAGAGCAAUUACAACAGGCCACUAAAUCUGAACAAGAACUCCUGAGUCUCAAGCAGUGUAACAAAGCCAUUGCUAGUCUUCGAAAUUUUCUUGUCAAGGAACCACCAGGCGCAGCGCGGAAUCAGGUUGUGCUGGCUACUUGUGCUGUCCUGGUAUAUCUCGCCCUUUUUGAGGACGAUACCAAAGUCGCUGAUUAUCAUUUCCAAUCGGGGUAUCGGCUCUUACAAGAAUGGCGAAAGGACGAUUUUAACGGCAGCUCGAGUGCGCCAGCACUUGUGCGGACGUUCGCUCAACUACAACUACACCGAUCCACCUGUACGAACCCGAAGGUAUUUGUCGAAGAAGAUGACCCAAUACUUUCUUCACUGGUUGUUGAAGACCUACGACCCACGAAAUCAGAAGUGAAUCCCGAGGUGGUAAAUCAUUUCAUAGUUGUUCUUGGAUGGAUCUUAUUACAAAAUGAUCCUCACGGCUUCAUGUUAGGACAUACGGGCAGAUUAUUACGCAGUGGUGAGGCUGCAGUUCUAAGUAUGCUUCGCCUCUGGCGCAUACAAUUAAAGCGCUCUGUGCUGAUGCACAGUGACACUGUGUCUCUACCCGAUCACGACACACUAUCCAUUCUUGUUUUAUGGAGUGAGGUGAUACACAUCAAAUUAUCCACCAACAGCCAGCCUGCAUUGAACGAACAUUCCGAAAUGAGAUUUGACAACUUUCUAACACAUUUCCAACGGGUUGUCGUGCUGGUGAAGUCGAUUUUGAUAGCUCCGAAGAGCUCUUCAAUACUGUCAGACUUUCCUGCUAGGGUGGUUCUAAUCCCACCACUACUUUUUUGCGGCUUCAAAUGUCGCGACUGGCAAGUUAGGCGUCAAGUGAUGCAAUUAUUACAAGAACUAAGGGAUCAUGAAGAUCCCUGGGUAUCCGGGUCAAUACUGGCCCUGGAGGAAAUAAUAAAAGUUGAGUCUGAGGGAAUUGCUCCAGGAGAGCAGAUUCCGGACUACUCUUGUGUGGAUAGCUUGCGUGUCGAUAUUCACGCCAAAGACUCUGACGUCUCUAUACGCUAUUGCCGUACCCAACUUCUCCCCGAUGAAUCAGGGAAUUCACGUGCUAUCGAAGACACAACAAGCUACUCUCGAUUCCGGCUAGACCGUGGCAAAUAA